CAUAUAAGAACUACAGCCUUAUCCAAAUGUCAUCUACUAGCUUACGCCCAUUUCAUGGGGACACUAUCUUCUUACCUACUGCAAUUGAGAAGGCUCACACCCAUUACUACUGCAAAACCCUUUCAAAAUUACUGUCAUGAGAGCCAGAAGCUUUUUCUAUCAGCAUUUAGGGAUUCAACUUUUGUAGCAAGACCCAAAUUUAGUGACCAAUUGCCUGAUACAGUUGCGGCGAGAGCGAGGAGGCAAUUGAGACCAGAUGAGAAUGAAGACGAAGACGAUUAUGGACAAAAUACAGAGAUUGGAAUGCUUGAAACUUACAGUGAGAGUGAGAGGAGUGAGGUCCUCUUGGUACGAGCUCUUGUAGAUGAUCAGGAAGAGGAAGUUUUAAUUUUCAAGGGUUUCUCAUCAUUAUUGUCAGGUAGGACUUCAUAUGAUCUAUCAAAAUGUGUUCUACCAGCUAGGGCCAUCAUAAAGUCUAUUGACAUAAUCAAGGGCCCUUUUGACCCAUCCAACAUUGAGUACUUGGAGAAAGAUUUGAAGUGGGAAGACUUCAAGCAUCGCCUCAAUUGCAAAUCCUAACAUAUCUGUCUUCCAAUUCAUCAAAAAAAACAUAUAUGUGUUUCAUCAGCAUGCACGCAUCAGCUGCCUCUAUCUCUCUCGCACACGCACGCACAUAAAUAAAUAUGCACUCAACAAGAUAAAAAUAAAAAGAAUAAAGAAAAUUUAUCAAAAUACUCAUGAGAGAUGAACUAUUUAACUUGAUGCCUACUUAUAACUAUCUGAACUGAAAAUCACGCGCGUGUAACUAUUCCAACGGAUGAUCAUGUACCUUUUGAUGGGUAUUAAAGAAAUUGAAGAAAUAUAUAGGUAGAAUGUUAAACAGUUCAAUAGUUCAUCUCUUAUAGGUAUUUGAAAAAUCCAAUUUCCCAAAACACAUCUUGCUGCUAAAAUACAGAGCACCUUAGGGGAAGAUCUUUCACUUUUUAUUUUAUUUGUUUAAAUAAGAAGAAACAAUUUUUCAGGGAGCAAAUUGUAC